AUGUUGUUUUCAGUUGGAGCACUGUCCUCUUUGCUUGCAGUUGCAAGGCAUGUGUCUGCGGCCACUGCCGCUGCUCCUGCGCACUUCCUGAUGAUCAGCGGCGUGACGGCAGUUGAUGAGACUUGCCUGGCAGGGUCUGCAGCAGGUGUGUGGCUUGAAUCCUGCGAGAAGGCAGUGGCUGGCAUGAGUGGGGAAGAGAUCUGGAGCUUGGCGACAGAUGGGACCUUGGUGCACGCGCGAUCGAAGAUGUGUCUCAGCCCGCAAGGAACAAGUGCUGCUGGUGUGCCUCUGGCGCUGGUGUCGUGCGACGCAGCUGGUGGCGUGGCGAAGUGGGAACUGCAAGGAAACGGUCAGGUCAAGAUGGCGCAGAGCAACAUGUGUAUCAGCCAGAUCGGACCAAGUGGUGCUGCGGUCAACGCGGCCGCUUCAGCUUCAGUGUUGAACCGCGCAGCACGUGCAAAUGUCCGCAUCACGGCAGAGGGUCAUCCUGCGAGUUCCGGGCUCUUGGAAAUCCAGACCAGCUCCGGGUCAUAUGGGUCUGUGUGUGGAAUGAAUGCCGAAGCAGCAAGUGUGGCCUGCAGGCAGUUGGGCUUUGAGUUCGGUGUGCAGAGCCCAUCUCCAUGCGGCCAGUAUGGAGGAGGGAGCUGGUGUGGGGCAGCAGGAUCACCUGUUGCCGUGAAGAGCUUGAAGUGCUUGGGGACAGAAGUGAGUGUUGAUGAGUGCAGCUCAGAAGCAGUAGACGAUGCAUGUCUGAGCCACGGCAGUGAUGCUGUCAUCUUCUGCGGCGCAAGCUCUGUGGGCGCUUUCCCAGACGGCGAGCUGCGAUUGGUUGGAUCAACAGGUGCACCAGCCCUGCCCAAAGAGGCCGGGCGCCUGGAAGUGUUUCUGGCCGCCGCUCAAGCCUGGGCGCCAGUGUGCAAGCUUGGGUUCACGAGCGGAUCGGCUUCAGUUGCUUGCAAGCAGAUGGGCUACUCAGGGUCAGCAGGCUUCGCAGGUUGCCGAUCCCAGGAAGCCUGUGGAGGAGUGGCGCCGCAGCUAGCAGACUUGGCUUGUUCUGGUUCAGAGACCAGUGUGUUGCAGUGCCCUAUGUCAAUCGGGGACGACGUGUUCUGUGCGCCAGAGGAGUCCGUGCUUCUGUCUUGUGCUGGACAGGGCGAUCCGAUUGGAAAGCCGACGGAGCGAACAAAAGCAACCAACAUUGUACAACGCGAUCGUACGCCGGUUGACGUGUUGGUGUUCUCGGUUCGGUCGGUCGGAUUCAUCGGUGUCGGGGGUGGCGGUUGGCAUGUGUCUGCGGCCACUGCCGCUGCUCCUGCGCACUUCCUGAUGAUCAGCGGCGUGACGGCAGUUGAUGAGACUUGCCUGGCAGGGUCUGCAGCAGGUGUGUGGCUUGAAUCCUGCGAGAAGGCAGUGGCUGGCAUGAGUGGGGAAGAGAUCUGGAGCUUGGCGACAGAUGGGACCUUGGUGCACGCGCGAUCGAAGACGUGUCUCAGCCCGCAAGGAACAAGUGCUGCUGGUGUGCCUCUAGCGCUGGUGUCGUGCGACGCAGCUGGCGGCGUGGCGAAGUGGGAACUGCAAGGGAACGGUCAGGUCAAGAUGGCGCAGAGCAACAUGUGUAUCAGCCAGGUCGGGCCAAGUGGUGCUGCGGUCAACGCGGCCGCUUCAGCUUCAGUGUCUGCAAGCUCGACGUUAGAUCCCAGCCAUGGGGCAGCACUGGCCGUUGACGGGGUGGCGUCCACUUACUGGGUUUCUAAACUGGACGAGGCAGAUGCCGUCAGCCUUCUCCUUGACUUCGGAGAGCCGGUGCAUGGAUCCGUCUUGGAGCUCGACUUCGAAUUCGCGCCUUCCGCGUUUUCAGUGCAGGCUGCUGAGGCCUCGUCGGAGAAUUGGCUGCAACUAUUUGCGACAGACUCGAACGCUUUGAAGCAUGUGAAGAUUCCUCUCGCGCCGGCCAAGCCCAUGUCGGCAGUCAGACUCAUCAUGAAGGAAGCCCAUCCGACACUCGGGACAAUGAACGGCCGUAAGCUUGUUGGGGUUCGUUCUAUCAGGCUGCUGACGCGGCUGCUGCAGCCGGUGCUGGAGCCAUGUGCAGUGGCGGCGAAAAGCCACGAUGCAAGAGACAAGUUCUUCACCGUUGCAGUCAGUGGUUUUGACCCGCAAGCUGGUGCUGCUUUGGCAGCCGAGAUGCCUGCGCUGGAGUCGGCAGAUGCGGCGCUUUCGUCUAUCGUCGUCGAGCUCGCGAAGGCUUUGCCUGCGAUCAGCUCCUGCAAGCCUGGCGGCCCUAUCUCCCUUCGUGCCAAUGCCACGAUCCAGAGCACUCAGCGACGCCGAGAAGUCGGCGACAUGGCGUUGGACGUGGGCCAGGAAGCAGCCCUGCUGGAGGAAGCCAGGGGCACCAUUGUCGCAGCGCGUGGGCAUGGCUGGCGAGGAGGAUUCCCGACUGCUGUGUUCAAGAUCGAAACAGAAAGUGUCAUGGAUGUAGCAAAGCUGGCCAUGCGGCCUCUAUUCACUGGCGUAUAUUUGGUGUUUGCAAAGGUGUUGAACCGCGCAGCACGUGCAAAUGUCCGCAUCACGGCAGAGGGUCAUCCUGCGAGUUCCGGGCUCUUGGAAAUCCAGACCAGCUCCGGGCAGUUGGGCUUUGAGUUCGGUGUGCAGAGCCCAUCUCCAUGCGGCCAGUAUGGAGGAGUGCCGUCACGAGUCCUCGUGAUAGCUCGUUCACUGAGCCGACGAGAGUUCGUCAGAACGUGCAGCUUCACGCAUAAGACAUCAAGAUCACUCGAUCUUGCUUUUUGUCCCACCCGACCCGCCCAAAGUGGUGAGGGACAGGUUGACAAGGGGAUGAGUAUCCUGGGUCCAGGGCCCGCAUUGGUCGGCUUCAACCCCCUGACCCAGGACAGGUUGACUGAUGCUGUCAUCUUCUGCGGCGCAAGCUCUGUGGGCGCUUUCCCAGACGGCGAGCUGCGAUUGGUUGGAUCAACAGGUGCACCAGCCCUGCCCAAAGAGGCCGGGCGCCUGGAAGUGUUUCUGGCCGCCGCUCAAGCCUGGGCGCCAGUGUGCAAGCUUGGGUUCACGAGCGGAUCGGCUUCAGUUGCUUGCAAGCAGAUGGGCUACCCAGCGGCAGCAGGCUUCGCAGGUUGCCGAUCCCAGGAAGCCUGUGGUGGAGUGGCGCCGCAGCUAGCAGACUUGGCUUGUUCUGGUUCAGAGACCAGUGUGUUGCAGUGCCCUAUGUCAAUCGGGGACGACGUGUUCUGUGCGCCAGAGGAGUCCGUGCUUUUGUCUUGUGCUGGACAGGGCGAUCCGAUUGGAAAGCCGCAUGUGUCUGCGGCCACUGCCGCUGCUCCUGCGCACUUCCUGAUGAUCAGCGGCGUGACGGCAGUUGAUGAGACUUGCCUGGCAGGGUCUGCAGCAGGUGUGUGGCUUGAAUCCUGCGAGAAGGCAGUGGCUGGCAUGAGUGGGGAAGAGAUCUGGAGCUUGGCGACAGAUGGGACCUUGGUGCACGCGCGAUCGAAGACGUGUCUCAGCCCGCAAGGAACAAGUGCUGCUGGUGUGCCUCUAGCGCUGGUGUCGUGCGACGCAGCUGGCGGCGUGGCGAAGUGGGAACUGCAAGGGAACGGUCAGGUCAAGAUGGCGCAGAGCAACAUGUGUAUCAGCCAGGUCGGGCCAAGUGGUGCUGCGGUCAACGCGGCCGCCUCAGCUUCAGUGUCUGCAAGCUCGACGUUAGAUCCCAGCCAUGGGGCAGCUUUGGCCGUUGACGGGGUGGCGUCCACCUACUGGGUUUCUAAACUGGACGAGGCAGAUGCCGUCAGCCUUCUCCUUGACUUCGGAGAGCCGGUGCAUGGAUCCGUCUUGGAGCUCGACUUCGAAUUCGCGCCUUCGGCGUUUUCAGUGCAGGCUGCGGAGGCCUCGUCGGAGAAUUGGCUGCAACUAUUUGCGACAGAUUCGAACGCUUUGAAGCAUGUGAAGAUUCCUCUCGCGCCGGCCAAGCCCAUGUCGGCAGUCAGACUCAUCAUGAAGGAAGCCCAUCCGACACUCGGGACAAUGAACGGCCGUAAGCUUGUUGGGGUUCGUUCUAUCAAGCUGCUGACGCGGCUGCUGCAGCCGGUGCUGGAGCCAUGUGCAGUGGCGGCGAAAAGCCACGAUGCAAGAGACAAGUUCUUCACCGUUGCAGUCAGUGGUUUUGACCCGCAAGCUGGUGCUGCUUUGGCAGCCGAGAUGCCUGCGCUGGAGUCGGCAGAUGCGGCGCUUUCGUCUAUCGUCGUCGAGCUCGCGAAGGCUUUGCCUGCGAUCAGCUCCUGCAAGCCUGGCGGCCCUAUCUCCCUUCGUGCCAAUGCCACGAUCCAGAGCACUCAGCGACGCCGAGAAGUCGGCGACAUGGCGUUGGACGUGGGCCCGGAAGCAGCCCUGCUGGAGGAAGCCAGGGGCACCAUUGUCGCAGCGCGUGGGCAUGGCUGGCGAGGAGGAUUCCCGACUGCUGUGUUCAAGAUCGAAACAGAAAGUGUCAUGGAUGUAGCAAAGCUGGCCAUGCGGCCUCUAUUCACUGGCGUAUAUUUGGUGUUUGCAAAGGUGUUGAACCGCGCAGCACGUGCAAAUGUCCGCAUCACGGCAGAGGGUCAUCCUGCGAGUUCCGGGCUCUUGGAAAUCCAGACCAGCUCCGGGUCAUAUGGGUCUGUGUGUGGAAUGAAUGCCGAAGCAGCAAGUGUGGCCUGCAGGCAGUUGGGCUUUGAGUUCGGUGUGCAGAGCCCAUCUCCAUGCGGCCAGUAUGGAGGAGGGAGCUGGUGUGGGGCAGCAGGAUCACCUGUUGCCGUGAAGAGCAUGAAGUGCUUGGGGACAGAAAUGAGUGUUGAUGAGUGCAGCUCAGAAGCAGUAGACGAUGCAUGUCUGAGCCACGGCAGUGAUGCUGUCAUCUUCUGCGGCGCAAGCUCUGUGGGCGCUUUCCGAGACGGCGAGCUGCGAUUGGUUGGAUCAACAGGUGCACCAGCCCUGCCCAAAGAGGCCGGGCGCCUGGAAGUGUUUCUGGCCGCCGCUCAAGCCUGGGCGCCAGUGUGCAAGCUUGGGUUCACGAGCGGAUCGGCUUCAGUUGCUUGCAAGCAGAUGGGCUACCCAGCGGCAGCAGGCUUCGCAGGUUGCCGAUCCCAGGAAGCCUGUGGAGGAGUGGCGCCGCAGCUAGCAGACUUGGCUUGUUCUGGUUCAGAGACCAGUGUGUUGCAGUGCCCUAUGUCAAUCGGGGACGACGUGUUCUGUGCGCCAGAGGAGUCCGUGCUUUUGUCUUGUGCUGGACAGGGCGAUCCGAUUGGAAAGCCGACGGCUCCUUAA